GCAGAUGGACCGCGGCCCCGUCAUCGCCCAGGCGCGGCGCGAGGACGCCCCGGCGCGCGCGCGCCCAGGCCUGGUCUCCAAGUCCUCUCCCAAGAAGCCUCGUGGACGUAACAUCUUCAAGGCCCUUUUCUGCUGUUUCCGCGCCCAGCAUGUUGGCCAGUCAAGCUCCUCCACUGAGCUCUCUGCGUACAAGGAGGAAGCCAACACCAUUGCCAAGUCGGAUCUGCUCCAGUGUCUCCAGUACCAGUUUUAUCAGAUCCCAGGGACCUGCCUGCUCCCGGAGGUGACAGAAGAAGACCAGGGAAGGAUCUGCGUGGUCAUCGACCUGGAUGAGACGCUUGUACAUAGCUCCUUCAAGCCAAUCAACAACGCCGACUUCAUAGUGCCUGUGGAGAUCGAGGGCACCACUCACCAGGUGUAUGUGCUCAAGAGGCCUUACGUGGACGAGUUCCUGAGACGGAUGGGGGAGCUCUUUGAAUGUGUUCUCUUCACCGCCAGCCUGGCCAAGUACGCGGACCCUGUGACAGACCUGCUGGACAGGUGCGGGGUGUUCCGGGCCCGCCUGUUCCGCGAGUCCUGUGUGUUCCACCAGGGCUGCUACGUCAAGGACCUCAGCCGCCUGGGACGGGACCUGCGGAAAACCCUCAUUCUGGACAACUCGCCUGCAUCUUACAUCUUCCACCCUGAAAACGCCGUGCCCGUGCAGUCUUGGUUUGACGACAUGGCAGACACCGAGUUGCUGAACCUCAUCCCGAUCUUUGAGGAGCUAAGCGGGGCAGAGGACGUCUACACCAGCCUGGGGCAGCUGCGGGCCCCGUAGCCUUCCUUGCUCCCGAGCAACGGCCACCCCAGCAGGGGCUUUCCUACACUGUGCCUUCAAGAUCAGCCUGACGAGGAAGUUGGCGCAUCUCACCAAACGGGGCCUGGAGCUAGAAAUGACUGGAAAGCUCUAGAACAGGCUCGGUGCCAGAUGGGCAGCUGUCAGACCGACGAUACCCAGAGGUCCCCACUCCGAGUUGGUUCCCAGGAUGAGAGAGAGAGAGAGAGUGUGUGUGAGAGAGUGAGUGAGUGUGAGAGACUGUCCUGCCCUGACCUGUGGCCUUGGGAUAUAAGUGUUUCAGGUUGGGAGAGAGGCUGAAAGAUCAAGAUUCUCCCCAAGUUACUCAUCUCCCAUCUGGUCACCCGGAGAGCCACUGAGUUCCUAGGGAUGAAGACUAUUGAGGCGCCACUGCCAAACUCACGGCCUUUCCCCGGCGUGAGGCGGUGCCAAGCAGAAAGGAAGGGUCAGAGGCAGCCUUCGGGCGCCCAGGCACACACUUGUCCGGAACCUUCCUCCAGUCAGCUGCUGCAGGCAAAGAUGUCUCUUGGAAGAGGAAAACUUGUUUCCAGAACCGGCAGCCCCGUGGCCGGCAAGUCCUGCAGCCCAGAGGCUGCGCUCGCCUCCAGCUGAGUGCCUGGUCGGCCCUUCUGUGCCUCCUCGAGGCGCGGGUGCCGGGCCUGCCUUCCUCACACCUAGCCAUCGCCGUGAACCUGUGGGGAAGGAGGUGGCCGCCCUGCCCUGGAGGAGGACAGAUAACUGAUUUCCGUUCUUUUGACUCUUAAAAUUCUUUCUAAACAUGGAGUGUUGGACCUGUUUUGCUUCUGACAAAGCUGCAGUCCUGGGCUUGAGAUGAGUAUGAGAGGCGUUGGGGGUGCAGGGAGAGGAAACUCCCAGAAGCAUGAAUGUGUAUCGCCUUGGCUUGUAGAGCGGCUGAGCUCAGGACUGUCCGUGCGUCAGCUCUUCAGGGAUUCUGCUUUGCUGGUGCGAGGACUCUUGUUCCAAAGCCUGGCAGGGAAGGCACUCCGAGCCCCGACUCUCCUGUUUCUGGGGUGUCUUCCCUCCGGCCCGCCCUGCUCCUGGCCCCCGCUCUAGUCUUCACCCCCCAGCUGUUGCUUGUUCUCUCCAGGGCCUUGGGCACACUCCUGCUUCUGCUGGACUGAGGGUGGGGUUCCCAGCACUCACUCUGCCAGCCUCAUGCACAGCCUCCUGGGGGCAGGUGUGCGUGGCCCUCACACACCUGCCCUUUGCGUGUGUCUUGCUUUCAAAGUUUCUCAACAGUGAAUGCUUUAAAAAGUCAAAAAAUGGAAGUUUCCCCUGGAUGGAAAACAAAAGGGGAAGUGCUGCUGUAAUUGGGAGCACAAGGGGACCCCCCCCCAAGAGGGAGCCCCACCUCAGCCCCUCACUGCCUUAAUCAUGGCCUCCCCGGGACUGGGUGGGUUUUCUCCUCUCUCCCUCCCCGCCCUCCAGGGUGGGAGUGCCCAGCCGGCUCUGUUCUCCCUGGAGUCUGGUGUCAAAGCAUUUGUAAGUUGCUUCAGGUGCGAGGACACCUCCCACUCAGGACACAUCCCCAUCUCUUCCUCAGUUUCCACACAAGGCCCAGCUGGAGAACUAGCCGCUUCUGAGGAAACCAGGUGGUGGAGCAGCAGCGGGUGGUUCUGAGCGGGAGCAACUUGCUGGUGUGUCUCCAGCUGGUGGCGCCGUCUACUCCGGCCCAAGGCCAGGAGGCCUUGUCUUCGCCUUUGCUGUGGCAGGCAUGGAACCAGAUGCCGUGUCAUUCCCCCAACACCACCCCUGGUACCCGCGGGGCCCCCCAGGGAGGGAGGAGGGCUCAGGUGCAAGCUGGAACCAUCUUCUGUAGGAAAAUAGGAGCUGCGGAUGCUGAGGCCGACUCUGGCUUCAGACCCAGCCCAGGCUAGGCCUCCAGCCCAAGGUGAGGGGGACUCUGGCUAGACCCCCCCGAGGGCCAGCCCGUGGGCCAGAUCACCUGCCAUCUGGGCCCAGCCAAGCUUUGACUAAACCAGCAAUAAGAGGCUCUAAACUGACCCAGCUCCUUGGUCCCGUUCUGCCCUCCUGAGGGUCUCCCUGUUCGGGUCCAAGAGGGGCAGGGCCCCUCCUUUGCAGCCAGGCGCCCUGGGCUCCGAGCUGCUCGUCUGGCUGGAGUGUCCGGAUGCUUCUGCCUGACCCCUGCUCGCGAGGCCUCAUUCCCGUCAGACCCCUGCUCUGCCCGCCUGCAGUUUCUCAGCGGAAACGCCCUUCCCAACCCCCCUCUUCCCAGAGAGCAGAUUGGCCAAAUAAAUCCAAACGCGGCUGUCACGCCGCCCGCAGUCACUGUUGGCUGUUGGGUUUCCCGUUUCAGUGUGUGAGGAGCGGGCGCUCCUCGGAGGAAUCGGACAUGUUGGAGGGCCUGGCGGGGAGGAGGUGCCGGUUCUGCCCAGGGUCUGCUCUGGGCCUUCCUGCUCUUCCCACCUGAGGCUGGUCUUGGGAAGCGAUAGGCCGCCCUGCGCCAAUUCAAGCCAUGCCAGGAAUCUGCCCACUUGCCAGGUUCAGUUCUUUAAGGUGCCUCUUCAGGGACACAGCGUGUCUCUCUGAUUGGGCUUCUAAAUCAAAAGCCUGACGUUUGUGUCCCUCUCAUAGGGGGAGCCUUGGACACAGGACCAGUUUGGAAAGGGCCAGGUAGGAGUGUCCACUCUGCACAUUGUAGAGGGGGCGCUCUGCAGGCCCUGGGUCCCUUGCUAUAGAGGGGUGGAGUAAAUUUGCCUUCAGUUUAACCUGGGACCUUCUGUUUAGCUCCCUCCUGCCUCCCAAAGAUUUUUGACUAUUUUGUAAAUGUAUAAACUCACCUCUUAAGUGACCCAGAAGCUUCUUUGUGCUAAAAGCAUGGAAGUCUAAAUGGCAGUGUCUCCCGGGAAAUGGAUCCCGUUCUGUCCUGCCCUGCCCUGCCCUGUUCCCCAGGCUCGCCAGGGGGGGCUGCCCCGUGGACAGGCGUCCUGCGCCCAGCCAGACCCAGAGUCGGGGGAGCUGGGCGGUUUCCUCGAGUCUUCAGUUGGUUGCCUGGUUGCCACUGUUGACUCAAUCACCUGGUUUUUUUUGUUGGUUUUUUUUUUUUUUUGUAACAUGAGGAUUUAGGAUUUUUUUUACCGGCUGGUAGAUAUUUGCAUUUGGGGAGGGGAGGGGAGCCAGAGGUCUGGCCAGCUGCCCGUUCCUUCAGUGCUGUGGGCUUGCUCCUGGAGGAGACCCUCUAGGCCCUCCGAACUUUGCUUGUAGUUACCCCAAGACUGACCUUCUCCCUGUUGUGCCACUUUCCCCUUCACGAUGCCAUUUGGAGGGCAGGGGUCUGCUCCCCAGCAUGACGGGCGUUGGGGGUGAUUCUGACUACCUUGCUUACAGAUUCUUGGUUUGAUAAAUUUGUUGUACUCAAAAACUUGAAAUGUAGGACGCCAUUAAGUGUCUGUUUAUAUUUUUGGAAUAUUUGUAUUACUUACACUUAAUUAAUAAAAGUGGGUUUAAAAACUCCACCCAGGAGUGGGCGCUGCCUCCUGACCCUGCUGCUGUUUAUUUGG